UUCACAAGCACGUUUAGGCCAGUGAGUGAGUUCACUCUUGAACCAUUGUUGGUAGCAACCAAGAUAACGAAACCACCUCACCAUGGUUCGUCUCAGCAACAACCUCAUCGGCCUCCUGAACUUCCUCACACUCCUCCUCUCCAUUCCCAUUCUCGUCACCGGCGUCUGGCUCAGCAAGCAACCCGGCACCGACUGCGAGCGCUGGCUGGAGCGUCCCAUCAUCGCGCUCGGUGUCUUCCUCCUCCUCGUCUCCCUCGCCGGUCUCGUCGGCGCGUGCUGCCGCGUCUCAUGGCUCCUCUGGGUCUACCUCCUCGUCAUGUUCCUCCUCAUCGUCCUCGUCUUCGCAUUCACCAUCUUCGCGUUUGCUGUUACCAACAAGGGUGCUGGUGAAGCGCUUUCUGGUAGAGGUUAUAGGGAGUAUAGGCUUGGAGAUUACUCGAACUGGUUGCAGAAGAGGGUGAAUAGUACUGGAAACUGGAACAGGAUAAGGAGUUGUCUUGGGUCGGGGAAGCUUUGCUCUGAGUUUCGGAACCGGUUUGUUAACGACACUGCGGAGCAGUUCUAUGCUGAGAACUUGUCUGCUCUUCAGUCUGGGUGUUGUAAACCAUCAAACGACUGUGGAUUUACAUACCAGGGCCCAUCUGUGUGGAAUAAGACAGAAGGUGUAAACUAUUCAAACCCAGACUGUCAUGCUUGGGAUAAUGACCCCAAUGUUCUGUGCUUCAAUUGCCAAUCUUGCAAGGCUGGAUUACUGCAGAACAUUAAGACUGAUUGGAAGAAGGUGGCUGUUGUGAACGUCAUAUUUCUCGUUUUCCUGAUUAUCGUCUACUCCAUCGGUUGUUGCGCCUUCCGGAAUAACAGGAAUGACAAUUGGAAGCGGUAGAUCUAUAGUAAGCUUGUAGGUUUGGUAGUUUCACGAUUUACACAUAAUCCAAGACACGUUUGCUAGAACAUUUUACGGUGGAACCAAAGAUGCUAGCACUAUUAGUAUGCUGAUGGGAUUUUGGCCAAUUUUCUGGUUUCUAUAUUGUGUUUAUAGGAUAUGACAGUUUAUGCUAUUUUCAUUGUAAAGUGUCAAGUUUAUAUUGCACUAGACUACCUACCAUAUUCACAGUUGUAUAUUUUGGCUAUGUCCAUUCUCCAACAGUCUAUUCCCAUUUCCUAA